CUGUCCGGCCUGGUGUGGGCCGCGCUGCUCGCGCUGGGCCACAGCUUCCUCUUCACCGGGGGCACAGUCAGUGCCUGGGACCAGGUGCCCUUCUUCCUCUUCGUCAUUUUCACUGUGUACACCAUGUUGCCCCUGGGCAUGCGGGAUGCUGCUAUCGCGGGCCUGGCCUCCUCAGUGUCACACCUGCUUGUGCUGGGGCUGUACCUUGGGCCGCAGCCAGAACCUCGGCCUGCGCUGCUGCCCCUGCUGGCGGCAAACGCGGUGCUCUUCCUGUGUGGGAACGUGGUGGGAGCGUACCACAAGGCGCUGAUGGAGCGCGCCCUGCGGGCCACGUUCCGAGAAGCGCUCAGUUCCCUGCAUUCACGCCGGAGGCUGGACACGGAGAAGAAGCACCAGGAACACCUCCUCUUGUCCAUCCUUCCUGCCUACCUGGCUCGGGAGAUGAAGGCAGAGAUCAUGGCGAGGCUGCAGGCUGGGCAAGGGUCCCGGCCUGAGAGCACCAACAACUUCCACAGCCUCUAUGUCAAGAGGCACCAGGGAGUCAGCGUGCUGUAUGCAGACAUCGUGGGCUUCACCCGGCUGGCCAGCGAGUGCUCUCCCAAGGAGCUGGUGCUCAUGCUCAAUGAACUCUUUGGCAAGUUCGACCAGAUCGCCAAGGAGCAUGAAUGCAUGCGGAUCAAGAUCCUGGGAGAUUGUUACUACUGUGUCUCCGGGUUGCCCCUCUCUCUGCCAGACCACGCCAUCAACUGUGUGCGCAUGGGCCUGGACAUGUGCCGGGCCAUCAGGAAGCUUCGGGCUGCCACUGGCGUGGACAUCAACAUGCGAGUGGGUGUGCACUCAGGGAGUGUGCUCUGUGGAGUCAUCGGCUUGCAGAAGUGGCAGUAUGAUGUCUGGUCCCAUGAUGUCACCCUGGCCAACCACAUGGAGGCAGGCGGUGUACCAGGGCGCGUCCACAUCACGCAGGCCACGCUGUCCCUGCUGGCAGGCGCCUAUGCGGUGGAGGAUGCAGCCGUGGAGCCCCGGGACCCAUACCUUCGGGAGCUGGGGGAGCCUACCUACCUGGUCAUCGACCCCCGGGCCAAGGAGGAUGAGAGGGGCCCUGCUGGAGGGCUGUUGUCCUCCCUGGAGGGGCCCAAGAUGCGUCCAUCGCUGCUGAUGACUCGCUACCUGGAGUCCUGGGGCGCAGCCAAACCGUUUGCCCACCUGAGUCAUAUAGACAGCCCUGUGUCCACCUCCACCCCGCUCCUGCAGGAGAAGGCCCUGGCUUCCUUCGGCCCGCAGUGGAGCCUGGACCGGAGCCGUACCCCGCGGGGCUUAGACGAUGAGCUAGACACCGGGGACGCCAAGUUCUUCCAGGUCAUCGAACAGCUCAACUCUCAGAAACAGUGGAAGCAAUCGAAGGAUUUCAACCCACUGACGCUGUACUUCAGGGAGAAGGAGAUGGAGAAGGAGUACCGGCUCUCGGCACUCCCUGCCUUCAAAUACUACGCAGCCUGCACCUUCACAGUCUUCCUUUCCAACUGCAUCAUCCAGAUGCUGGUGACAAACAGACCGCCAGCCCUGGCCAUCACCUAUAGCGUCACCUUCCUCCUCUUCCUCCUCCUCCUCUUCGUCUGCUUCUCGGAGCACCUGACGAGGUGUGUUCUGAAAGGUCCCAAGAUGCUGCACUGGCUGCCUGCGCUGUCGGGCCUGGUGGUCACCCGGCCGGGCCUGCGAGUCGCCCUGGGCACCGCCACCAUCCUUCUGGUCUUCCUCAUGGCCAUGAGCAGCCUGUUCUUACCAGCAUCGCCCAGCUGCCCUUUCCCGGCUGCCAAUGUGUCCUCCGUGGCUUUCAACCUCUCCUGGGAGCUCCCUGGGUCCCUGCCUCUCAUCAGUGUCCCGUACUCCGUGCACUGCUGCCUACUGGGCUUCCUCUCCUGCUCCGUCUUUCUACACAUGAGCUUCGAGCUGAAGCUGCUGCUGCUCCUGCUGUGGCUGGCGGUCUCCUGCUCCGUCUUCCUGCACUCCCACGCCUGGCUGUCCGACUGCCUCGUCGCCUACCUCCACAGGGGCCCCUGGGAUUCCAGGCCGGGAGUGCUGAAGGAGCCCAAACUGAUAGGAGCCCUCUCCUUCUUCCUCUUCUUCUUCACCCUGCUUGUCCUAGCUCGGCAGAAUGAGUACUACUGCCGCCUGGACUUCCUGUGGAAGAAGAAGCUGAGGCAGGAGCGGGAAGAGACGGAGACGAUGGAGAACCUGACCCGGCUGCUCCUUGAGAAUGUGCUGCCCGCGCACGUGGCCCCCCAGUUCAUUGGCCAAAACCGGCGCAACGAGGACCUCUACCACCAGUCCUACGAGUGUGUGUGCGUCCUCUUCGCCUCCGUGCCGGACUUCAAGGAGUUUUACUCGGAGUCCAACAUCAACCACGAGGGGCUGGAGUGCCUGCGCCUGCUGAAUGAGAUCAUCGCGGACUUUGAUGAGCUGCUCUCCAAGCCCAAGUUCAGUGGAGUGGAGAAAAUCAAAACCAUUGGCAGCAGCUACAUGGCAGCCACAGGUUUAAAUGCCGCGUCCGGCCAGGACGCACAGCAGGAUGCUGAGCGAAGCUGCAGUCACCUUGGCACCAUGGUGGAAUUUGCCGUGGCUCUGGGGUCUAAACUGGAUGUCAUCAACAAGCACUCAUUCAACAACUUCCACCUGCGUGUGGGGUUAAACCACGGACCAGUGGUGGCUGGCGUCAUUGGAGCCCAAAAGCCACAAUAUGACAUCUGGGGCAACACAGUGAAUGUGGCCAGCCGCAUGGAGAGUACAGGCGUUCUGGGCAAGAUCCAAGUGACUGAGGAGACAGCUCGGGCCCUGCAGUCCCUGGGCUACCCCUGCUACCUACGGGGCAUCAUCAAAGUCAAAGGCAAAGGGCAGCUUUGCACCUACUUCCUAAACACAGACUUGACACGCACCGGACCCCCCUCGGCCACCCUGGGCUGAGUCUCCCGAGACCCCCAACAAAGAGACUCGGUGUAUCUCGGAGCCGCCUGCUGCCAGGCGCUUUGGGUAGAGUCGGAGAUGGCCUUUCUCUUUCUUGCCAAACUGACUGCUUCUCUGCAUGAAGGUGAAGGCGCGAGCCUGGAUGAGCCCGAGGUGCUGAAAGUGGGUAUUCUGUUUGCAAACGGAGGAAGGCGACUGCCUCCGACUGCCUGCCCGCUUGCCAACCAGAUUCCAGUACAGUGUGCACCUUGGAAGCAGAAGGAGCUCGCACCGCGUGAUUCAAAGCAAGGACCUGUCCUUUCCUGUCACCUGCUCACACGCAUCGGAAGAGCUAUCCAGGGAAAUGCCAUUUGACCCUGGUUUGUUCAACCAACACUAAAUAAGCACCUACUAUGUGCCUCAUAGGCAAGGGAGUUACAUGCCUGGGAAGCAAUCCACUGGGCCCCUCCCAGUUUCAGCUCCUCUUCUCAGGCGGCCCGCCAUGCUUUCUGAUGGUACUUUUAGACAACUUGGGGAUUCCCCGUUAUCAGAUCUAUCAGAUGCCCUCCACCCCCACUUCCUUCUGCACCGCAUCAUCUGGGCCUUGAAACUUUGAUGGCUUAUUCUCACCUGCCCAUAUUUUGGAGUCCAUGCGCUGCCUAGACACACCCAAGUCUUCCGUAGCUGUUGCCCAUGGAAUUUGGGGGCUUGCUUCCCUGGUUAGUCUUUUGGAGAGAUUUCAAAACUACGGGUUCCAUGGCCACUUCCAUCUUCCCAACAGGCUAUUUGAGCAGAACUGGAUUGACGCUCUCUAAACAACAGACAAGCCCAGCAAAUUAGGACUCCAUUCCUCACUCGGGCAAUCUUUACUUCCUGGGGGGGGGGGACCAGGAGCACAAAAGGCCACCCUGUGCCAUGGUGUGGCUGGAAUGUUGACAUGUGAAUUCUAGGGGGGAAGAAAAGGAUGGAGAUUCCCUAGAUCGGUGGUUCUCAACCUGUGGGUGGCGACCCCUUUGGGGCUUGAACGACCCUUUCACGGGGGUCACCCAGUU